AUGUCAUCGCCUGCUGCGACGUUGACAGCGGGCUCUGGGGAGGCAGGGCCACCAUUGACGGCAACAACCCUCACAGACGCCAAUCUACCGCCCGCGGCGGCGGCUACGAAUGCCGCCGCCAGUGACAACGACCUCUCGACCCUCUCCACUCAGGUGUACCUCGAGCGCACAGUGCUGGGGGUCCUGGCCCUUGCGCUAGAGGAUGUGUGCCGAACGCGACCACCGAAUCCCGUGGACUACCUCGGCAGCUAUCUCCUCCGCAGAUCUACCGCAAACAACACCGUCGAGGUGACUUACGAGGAUACUCUCCCCAAGGUUGUACCGACUAACGCAGAGUGA